AUGUCUCUCCAUCGAUUAGGACUCGAAACUGACAACUUUUCUGAGGCAAAGAGAAGGGUUUGGUGGAUGACCUACUUUUGUGCGCAUCUAUGUUCCGUGGUUCGACAAAGCGCAUGUUUAAACAUCGAUGACGACAGUCAAUUCACAACGCCGUAUCCACGUUUAGAAUGCGAUCCAGAGGCAUGGUUAAUCUUCCUCGAUGCUCUGCGAAUUGGAGUAGCAAGUGUAAAGUUUACGUCCAGCUACAACGAACAGCUAAAUUCACACACGGACAUGUCAGCUGUCAAUGAACAGAUGAAAUUACUUGACAGAUGGGUUCUACAAGUCUAUAAUCGCGCAGAGAGCUAUAUACCCGUCUCAGGCGCUGUAGAACUUGAUCCUUCGUACGAGUCUACUACUGCGCAGGUAAUGCGACGACUUUCACGAAUUAGAUUAUCCAGCACGAGAAUUCGCCUCCAUCGAUUUCAAGCCUUUUCGGAUACCCCCCUCUUCAGCGAGAAUCACUGUGAUCUCAAGACUACAAAUAGCUUCAAUAACUCCGCGAACAUCUCGAGUGAUACAAAUAUUACCCCAUACAACAUGCUUCAAUCUCCUGCCUUCACUUACGAUCAGUCUACCGAUAUUUGCGUGGCAUCCGCGUUAACGAUCGCAAGACAGUUACAAAGACUACCCUUCCCUAGCACAUCUAUUGGAGUGGCUAGUCCUCGGGCAAUGCCUACAUGCACAUGUUGUGCUAUGCAAGCUAGUUACGUCUUGCUCAUGCAAUUCUAUAAACUUCACGCUACGCACACCCAACCGAUACUAUCGGGCGACCUACCCCAAGAUACAGAGCGCGCUGUUGAUGAACUUCGGCAUGGCUUGGAAGAUAUUAUCUCUUCGAUGAAUAAUUUUGCAACUGCAUUUGAAGCGAUUGCAGGAAUGCGAGAUGAAAUCGAGAUCGCUUUUCACAUUGCCUUUCCGUAUAUCGCGACUAUUCCGAGGUGA